AUGCGCAGCUUCGAUACCCUCUUGCUUGCUGCCCUUGCGGCCUCGCCCGCUCUGGCUCGCCAGAUUCCGUCCAAUGUACAGAGCCUGUACAACUCGAUUCGAGCUCAGGGCCAAUGCAAGAACAUUCUCAAGGGCGGCUUCUACAGCCAAGAGGGUGAUUCCAAGAACUUCUCCUACUGCGGUGACCACCUGAACGACUACCGCAUCAUGUACCUCCAGGGCACCAACGGCAACCUGGUCAACAUGGACAUUGACUGCGACGGUGCUCUCGGCACAGGUGACGGCAGCUGCGACAGCUCGCAGGACACGCAGAGCGAGACCAGCUUCAAGGACACCGUCGCCAGCUACAAGAAGGGCAUCAAGGACCUCAACGCCUACGUGCACUCGUUCGUCGUGCUGGGCAACGAGGGCAGCAAGAGCGGCUACGUCACCUUUGAUCCCCAGUCGGUUGGCGUUGAGCCUCUCUCGAUUGUUGCCGUUGUCUGCGGCAACCAGAUGUUCUACGGCGUCUGGGGCGACACCAACGGCGACGACGGCCCUCCCCUGGUCGGCGAGGUCUCCGACUCUCUCGGCCGCGCCUGUUACGGAAACGCCGUCAACGGCAACGCUGCCCACGACCCGAACGACGUGCUGUACAUUGCCUUCACCGGACAGGACGCCGUGCCCGGCGCCAACGGAGCCAACUGGGCGGCCUCCUCUUUCUCGGCCUUUGAGUCGUCCCUGGGCGCCCUCGGUGACCAGCUGGUUGCCCGUAUCGGCAGCUCUGGAGGCAGCACCCCUCCUCCUCCCCCUCCCCCUCCCACCAACUGCUCAUGGGAGGGUCACUGCGCCGGUGCUUCUUGCGGCAGCGACGACGACUGCUCUGAUGACUUGACUUGCAACAGCGGCAAGUGUGGCAGCGGUGGGUCAACAUCUCCUCCCCCUCCUCCCCCUACCAGCUGUUCGUGGGAGGGACACUGUGCGGGAGCGUCUUGCAAGAGCGACGACGAUUGCUCUGAUGAUUUGGCCUGCAUUUCCAAGGUGUGCGCUGUUGACCCGGACAAUUGA